AUGGGCCGAGAACAAUCGGCAGACUUCGAAAAAGCAUUCGCAGAUUUGCUGCUUGCGGGGCUUCGUCGGCAGGGAGAGGUGCAUGGCGACGAGCGCGUCCGCUCCAUCAUGCGACGGGUGCUGGUCGAGCGCGGUGGCGACGGGAGGGAGGAAACUGGGACGGUGGCCUCAGCAGUUUUUUCUUUGGCUGGAGCGGGCCUCGGCGACAAGGGGGCGAUUGCGGUGGCGGAGGCCCUUCUGAAGCUCGGCUCGCCGCAGAUGGUGAAGUCCCACGGCGUGCGCCGCUGGACGGUUUUGCUCAAUGACAAUGGCCUGACGGACCGGUUCUCGGCGCACGUGUCGCUGCUGGUGUCUCGCUGCGCGCCUCCCGUGGUGCUGCUUGAUGCGCGGGGCAAUGCGAUGACGCCGGCGGCCAUUCAGCGCAUAGAGGAGGCCCGCGAGCUGUCCCCCGCCCCCUGCGCUCUUCGGCUGCCUCCGACUGCGGGGACGGCUGGGGUGGCUGCCGCGGCGUCGCUUAGGGAAAGCGCCUCUUCUGCCUCUACGGCGGGCGGGUGGCGCCGCGGUUUGGAUGCGGAGGCGCUGCGGAAGCGUCGUUCCGCGCUGUUUGCGAGCGGGGCUGCUUCCUCCACCGCGGUGGGGAGCGAGCUGGGCGGGCGGGGUCGACCGCGGAGCCGCCAAAGCGAGGGCGAGGCCCCGCGUGACGUGGCAGCGGUCGAAGUCGCUGCACGGGCGCCGAGCUCGGCGAGUGGCCCCGCACCUGAGGAACGGAGCCGCCGAAUGGAGGCGAGUGGCCGGCGGCAUUCGGCUGGCGCGGGGAAGAGCGAGAAGAGGGAGGAGGAGGCUCCUCCUCGCGGGGGCGAUUGCGGGGAGCCCCUCGACGUGACGGCGAACCUCAGCCCUCUCUUGGCGGUUGUGCUGGAUCUUUCGAAUGCGGUGCCCACGGGUCGUUUGCAGGCGCUUUAUGGCACCGACGAUAUCUGGAGCGUUGUGGCGUCGUCUGGCGAGGCGGUGUCGCACGCGUUUCCGCCUAAGCAGACGCCAUUUCUUCGGGCAGGGAUUAAAUCAAUGGUUUCUUUUCACUCUUUGACAGUUCUUUGCAUUCGCAAAAACCGUCUGGAGUCAUUAAAAAUUUUGCCACCGUCGCUUUUGCGUCUGGAUGUGAGUGAGAAUGAGUUACGAGAGCUUACGGGUGUGGGGCAGUGCAGAAUGCUUACACUUCUGAAUGCACGUAGAAACCGCUUACAGUCUAUUCGUGGGUUGGAGCGAAACCUCGCUUUAUCUCAUCUUUUUCUUGCCUACAACGAAAUCGCCUUUGUUGAGGGCAUUGCACAUCUGCUUCUGCUGGAGACGCUUGACUUGGCGCAUAAUAGACUUAAAACGCAGGCUUCCAUCCGCCCUCUGUCACUGGCAAGAGGAUUGCGACACUUGCUGCUGCGUGGCAACCCAGUGGUGAAAUGUAUAAAAGGUAGUUAUCGUCCUGUGUUGCGUAAUCUCUGCCCGUCGCUGCUUUCUAUUGAUGGUGAGCGCCUUACUUUUUCACGAUUUGCGGCAAAGGCACAACAAGAGUGCAGCGAUAUUCGUAUACCAUAUGCUCCCGGGGAUAGUAUCGGUGGUAUAAACGUUUCUUUGAUCUCUGCAGAGGAUGGGAAAGCGACGAAGGUAACACAGUGUGCCAAUUUCAUGCAUCUGCUGACGCGUGGUACUGCAGUUGGAGCGGGAUCUGGAUACAGUGAUGCUGCACGGGCUGUGCGCACGGCAAAGGCGUUGCAAGCACGAGGAGCAGCAAAUGACAAAAAGGGGAAAGAACAGCGGCGUCCGGCAUACCUCGCGGAUGGGGAGCCUCUUCGAAAGGAGCUGCUAAAGCGUCUUGCCCAAGAGUCAAGGAAGUACCUGGAAUCGAUGCUUGAGGAGCGACUGUCCAACAUACAGGCUUCGCAUGUUUAUGACAACUUACCUGGUAGUGGUGAAUCCAGGGAUGGGAACAAUGAAUCUGAAGGGCUCUCUAACGACACGUCUGCACAACGUGAGAGCUCUGGACAGGGGAGCGGGCCACACCUUUUCAGUGGUGACCGCAAUCGGAAGGCCCCUGAAUUUACCCAAGGGCUUUUCCCCGUGGAAGUUGCUAGUGAAGAAAACAUCGAGAAGCAUCGAACAAUUCCACUCGAAAAAAAGAUGCCAGCAGUGCACCGCGAUGCGACGCUGGAUCAUGAACAGUGGCUACGUCUCCGUGAGUGUCGGAUCCGCCGCAGUGCACCAUUUGGAGAUACACCUCAACGUAUAUCGCCGAGUCCAAAGACUCCGGAUAUUUCUUACACUAAAUCUGAGGAAAAAGAAGUGUAUAUCUCACCUAUUCGUAAGGAUCACGAUGAAUGCCAGGCUGCUUCAAUAAAUGUCACGGAAAUCCUACCUGAUAUGGAAAUGCUGGAUUCUCGUUUCCGUGCCGACGGGAAGGUUUCCGGGGAGCCAAAUGGUAGGCCUCGUUUGGUGAAAAGUGAUUUGGGGCGACCUAUGCUUUUGUCUCCAUCUGCUGAGUGCUCACCUGUUAAGGCGCAUAGGGUUUACUCGUCUCUUCAGUCGCAGAAAGGCAACAAACCUAUUUUAUCAUCUUCCGCGACUCCCUUACAUGGCGUAAAAGCAGCGAAUGAGCCUGUUAUUUUUUCUCCACCACCGCCUUUGUUGUCACCAUGCUCUCUCCAUUCCAAUGCAAGAAGUUACGCCGUAAAGAAAUGGGUAAAUCAACUCCGUGAAGACGCAGAGGCUGUUCAGGAAGCUCUAGAAACCCUUGUUUCUAUUCUAGACUCGCGGUGGUGGAGUAAGGCUGCAAUUACUGGUAAGCCUUCUUUUAUUCCUCCUGAGGUGUUAGAAGAGCGAAAGCGCUGUGUCGAUAUUCUUACCGAAAGCGGAAUGCUCUUGGAUACCGAGAUUCCUCUUGACGUUGUAGAGUAUUAUCAUUUUACCCCCGAUGAGUUGAGGCACACUGGUGAGGAGGAUUAUGGUGAGGAAGGUGAUUGCGCUGCAAAUCCACUUUCUGUGGUAACUGCGUGUGACUCCUGUCGAGAAAAACGUGAAAUUUUGCACUGUAUUCGUGUCAUUGGAGACGGAAAGACAUGUUUGCGAUACCUGGUGCUACUUAUAGAGGAAAUGAAGGAGGAAGAGCUGCAGCAGUAUGUGAAGGAACUUCAGUUGCUCACAACGUGUGAGUAG